AUGGGGAAGAACAUUCGUUUGACCUUUGCAUGCGGUCCUUACGACCGUAUGGAUCCUCUAGCUAACAAGGCUGUCGACCCUGUCGGAAUUGAUCUCAACUACAUCACGAUUAAUCAUCCGCGGGAAAUCUUUGACCGGAUGAUCAGAGGCAUGGAGUUCGAUUUAUCUGAAAUGUCCAGCUCGGAGUAUGUUUGCCGAUACGCGGCUGGUGAACGAGACUUGGUUGGCAUUCCGGUGUUUCCCUCGAGGGCUUUCCGCCAUAGUUGCAUCGUGGUCAACUCAGACAUUAUCUCAAGCCCAUCCGACCUCAAUGGCAAAAGGAUAGGUGUCCAGGUGUACACUAUGACCGCAGCUGUUUGGAUUAGAGGGGUUCUGCAGGAUGCAGGAGUCGAUCUAUCUACGAUUACUUGGAUUGAAGGAGACCUAGUCAAACCUGGUUCCCACGGUCAACCCAAGACAAAGCCGCUGCUCCGUCCAGUGUCCCGAGUCCCAAAUGAAAGCCCGAAGUCGCUCAGUCAACUUCUUGAAGAGGGUGAGAUUGCAGCCACAAUUGGCGCUCACGCUCCGCCAUGCCUCGCAAAAGCAUCCCAUAUUCGACAUUUGUUCCCGAAUAUUCGCGAAACCGAGAAAGAAUACUACCAGAGGACUGGAAUCUUCCCUAUCAUGCAUCUUGUCGUCAUCAAGAGAGCGGUUGUGGAAAAGCAUCCUUUCGUCCCGCGGAGUUUAUUCCAGGUAAUGAAUGAGUCCAAAAACAUUGCUCUGCGUUCAAUGAGACUUGCAUCAACUUAUCGGUAUAUGUUGCCGUUCCUCUCAUCCGACCUCGAAGAGAUAGAACAACUAUUUGGUGGUGAUCCAUGGCCUUACGGAAUCGAGUCUAAUCGCACAGUUUUGGAAGCGCUGGUGAACUUGCUGUAUGACCAAGCUAUGAUUUCUCGCAGGAUUUCACUUGAGGAGUUAUUUCCAUUCCCUUGUGAAUAA